CGGAGUAUAAGCAAUAAAAAUGGACCUUUUCUUUAAGGCUACCCUCUUGAAGACCCCAAUUCAAGCUUAUCGCUUUCCCCAAUUUUAACCAACCCCAAAACUAAUAGGUCCAGUAGCCUUAUCGGGUUUAAGCCCAAUUCUCUCUCUCAACAGUCUCUCUUCUCCGGCGGAAGCCCUAGAUCUGGCCCGUUUCCGGUGGGCUGAACCCCGUCGCUUCAGCUGCCGAUCGCAGACGUAGAGUCCGUUUUGACCUUUGGGUAUCUGUCAAAAUCGGAUUUUCUGAUCUGGGAUUCUCCCAAGGGUUUGAAUCUUGACUUUUUACUUUGCUUCUUUUUCUUGAUUAUACUUCUGUUUUGCCCAAUAGUUCAGGAUUUUGUCCGAAACCAGUUUCCUUAAUAUGAUUGUGCCGUAUUGUUUAUAAGUUUAAUCUCCUGGGCCUUUUAAAUCUGUAUUUAACUUUUUGUUUUAAUCUGUCGAUCCAGUUCAUCCGUAAACUAAUUAAUCUAUAGGGCCUGUUCUUACUUAUUUUUCUUGCACUGUCUUUCGAGAGCGCUUUUUAAUUGUGGCCACGCUGAUGUUUUCUGGGCUCGAUUUAGAUCUGAGUUGACGCCAAACUUUGUUUGAGUUUUCAGACCAGUUUGUUGAAUGUUCUUGACUCUUUAGAGGCCGGGGGGCUUAAAUGGAUGAAGGGCAAUUUGUCUUUUAAAGGGACCUUUACCUUAGGUACAUUUGGAGAGGAUUUUGCGCCAAGAGCAGAAAUCAUUGAUCUUGGUUGAAGAUGGCUACCCCUGAGGUUCCAACCACUCCAGAAGCUCCAGCUGAGAAUAAAGAAACAGAGGUUCACAACAGUAUAAUGGCUCAUGAUGGUAUGGCUGUCAAGAAUGAAGGGGAGUCUCAUGAUGAUAUGGCUGUCAAGAAUGAAGGGGAGGCUCCUGAUGACGAGAUGAUGUCACAUGCUGACAUUGUGGGCCAUGCUGAGAUCUUAGCACACAAUGAGACGGUGGUUCAUGAUGAGACGGUGGCUCAUGAUGAGACAAUAAUUCAUAAUGAGACAGUGACUCACUGUGAAGCAGUGGCUAAAGAUGAGACGGCCACUCUCAAUAGUAUGGUAGCUCAUGGUGGUGUUUCUGUGAAGAAUGAAGAGGAGGCUUCUUCUGAUGCACAUGCUGACAUUGUGGGUCAUGAUGAGGUCAUUACACACAUUGAGACGGUGGUUCCUGAUGCGAUGGUGAUUCAUGGUGAAAUGGUGGCUCCUGAUUCUAUUGUGGUUCAUGGUGAGAUGGUGGUUCAUGGUGAGAUGGUGGCUCAAGACGAUAUGAUGGCUCAUGAUGAGUUGGUGGCUCAGGGUGAGAUGGUGUCUCAAGAGGAUAUGGUGGCUCAAGAUGAGGUGAUGGUUCGAGAUGGGGUGAUGCCUAACGGUGAGAUAAUGACUCAUCAUGAGAUAGUCCCACACGAUGCGAUUCUCUUCAACAACGAUAUGGAUCACAAUGACAUAGUCCCAAUAGAAGCACGUAUCCAUUAUAUCGAGACGCCACCCAACAGUUCAGAAGCACAGCCAAACAAGCGCAGGAAGAAGAAAUCCAUUGUCUGGGAGCAUUUCACGAUAGAGGCGGUCGGGGAUGGAUGCAGACGGGCCUGCUGCAAAGAUUGCAAACAAUCCUUCGCUUACAGUCAGGGCACAAAAGUGGCGGGGACAAGUCACCUCAAACGCCACAUCGCCAAGGGUGCCUGCCCCACAGUCUUACGUGCAGCUCAGGAUCAGAUAAACAACGACAAUAACAACAACAGCCCCUAUACCCCAGUAGCCCUAAAAAGUGCCCCAAAACGAAGCGGGUCCGAUGGUGCGACCCAAACGCCCCCAAUGAAGCGGCGAUACCGAACUGGCGCUGCAACGCCUUUCUUCUCCUUCGAUCCUGACCGUUGCCGCCAUGAGAUAUCCAGGAUGAUCAUCAUGCAUGAGUACCCACUUCACAUUGUGGAGCACUCAGGGUUCGUCUCAUUUGUCCGUAACCUCCAACCACGGUUUGACAUGGUCAGCUUUAACACUGUCCAGGGAGACUGCAUAGCGACUUACCUCAGAGAGAAACAAUCUGUUCAGAGGAUGAUCGAGGGCAUGCCCGGGAGGAUCUCUCUCAUGUUGGAUGUGUGGUCUUCAUGUCACAGGGUCGGGUAUGUUUUCAUUACCGGGCAGUUCAUUGAUUCGGAGUGGAAGAUUCACCGCAAGAUUCUUAAUGUCAUCAUGGAGCCGUCUCCCAACUCCGAAACUGCUUUUGGCUACUCCAUUGCCGCCUGCCUCUCCGACUGGGGUAUGGAGGGGAAGCUGUUCUCAGUAACUGUCAACCAACGUUUGACUGAUCCGGCAGCGGAUAACAUCCGAGCGUUACUCUCUGUCAAGAACCCUUUGAUUCUCAACGGGCAGUUGUUGCUCGGGAACUGCCUUGCCCGUACUUUAAGUAGGAUUGCGGUGGACGCAUUGAACUAUGUGGACGAAUCCGUCAAGAAAGUAAGAGACAGCGUGAGGUAUGUGAAGACUUCAGAAUCCCACGAGGAGAAGUUUAAUGAGCUGAAACGGCAUCUACAGGUUCCGACCAUGAAGAAUCUUUCACUGGAAGAUAAAACACAAUGGAACACCACAUAUGAGAUGUUACUGGCUGCUUCUGAGUUGAAGGAGGUUUUUUAUUGUUUGGACACUUCGGAUCCUGAUUACAGGGGUGGCCCGUCUAUGGAUGACUGGAAACGGGUCGAGACACUGUGUUCGCACUUGAGAAUCCUAUUCGACACUGCCAACCUCCUGACUGCCACGGCGACAGUCCCCACCACGAACACGUUCUUCCAUGAAGCAUGGAAGAUUCAAUUGGAGUUGGCCCGUGCAGCCGCCAGCGAUGAUCCGUUUGUCAGCAGUCUCACAAAACCGAUGAAAGACAAGUUUGAUGAGUACUGGAAGAGUUGCUGUCUUGUUUUGGCAAUUGCGGUCGUUAUGGACCCACGGUUCAAGAUGAUGCUCGUCGAGUUCAGUUUCAAAAAGAUCUAUGGUGAGGAAGCGUCAGAGUACGUUAGGAUCGUUGAUGAGGGGGCCCAUGAGCUGUUCUUGGAAUACGUUUCGGAAGAAGCAGGCAUGAAGCGGGCAGCUAAAACCGAAGAUGCGGGAGCCACGGGUAAUGGACUAGGGUUUUCGGAUUUUGACAUGUACAUAAUGGAGACGACGAGCCAGCUGGCAAAAUCUGAGCUGGAUCAGUACUUGGAGGAGUCUUUGUUGCCGCGGGUCCACGAGUUUGACGUGAUCGGGUGGUGGAAGGUAAACCGGAAGAAGUACCCGACACUUUCUAAGAUGGCCCGUGAUGUUUUGACGGUUCCGGUGUGCACAGUCCCACCAGGCUCGGUUUUCUGCACUGUUGAAAAAGAGAUGGACCGUUACAGAUGCUCGUUGCGGCCUGAGACCGUGGAGGCCUUGAUAUGUGCCAAAGAUUGGCUUCAGAGUGAAUCUGCAGAGACUAUUCACGAGCCUAUAAAAAUGGAACUCCCAAUGUAGUGUUUUGUUGUGUAUUGAUGUGGGUUUCAAGUACUAGUGGUAGAGGUAUAAGAAAUGGAUGCAGUAGUGAAGAGAUUGGUUCUGAGUUAGGCUGUAUAAUGUUUAUCUUUGGCCAGAUCUUACAUUUGAGUUUUGAACGGUCUGUUAAGUGUGAUGAUAACCCUUGCGGGCGCAAACACUCAAAUUAUGUACUUAAUUUAAAAUUAAAUAUACGGGUAUAUUUUUUAAUGAAUUAGAUUGUUAUGCACGAUGGGAAUAGCA